GAGAGCCCGGCGCUGUGAAGCCACCCAGAGCGGGUUUUUUUCCCCUUUUUCUUUACAGUAGAGGGAGGCGGGGAGAAAGGAAAAGGGAGGGAAAAAAUGACAGUCCUUCGCCAUGAAUAGGCCACAAAAUGGCUCCGGUCAUUUUCACCAAUGAAAAGCAAAUGGAAAGGCACUUCUCACAUACAAAGGAUAACUGACUCGCAUAAUGACCUGGAGAUCAAAACCAGCAGGCUGACCUGGAAAUAAACCAUCACAACCAAGAGGACUAAGGAUGCUUAGGAUGGGAGCAUGGAUGUGAAGUGUGCCCUUGCUGCCCUUUCAGGAUGCUGAUGGAGAGGUCCCCCAGUGACCCGCCGCGGGAUGCAGCGCAAGGAGCAGGGGCCGGAGCGGAGGGCGUCAGCGAGCCGGAUUUGGGCUUGGGCUCCGGCAGCCACAGCGGCGGCGGCGAGCGGCGACGCGGGGGGAUGGCCCUCCCGGGGGAGCCGGCGUUGCUCAAUGGGGUUGCCAAGGAGACCGGCCGGCCGCCCCCCUCCCCGGGCCAGGCGCCCCCCGCCGCGCCGGUGCCUGUGAUCGAGCUGGUGCGCGGGGGACGCCCUAUAAAAGCCAGGGACGCGCCGGCGGGGGCCCUGCAGAGCCAGCGAGAGCGAGACAGCAGCAGCAGCAGCAACAACAGAGCACAGCGCGCCGAGCCGGCCACAGCCCUCGCCCUCGCCCUCGCCACUGCCACGGGGACCGGCACCGGCACGCCCCCCGCCGGCAGCGGCAGCGGCAGCAACGGCGACGCCCGCAUGGUACAACUCAGCCCCACCGCGGCGCCCGCCCUCCCGCUCCAGCCGCCGGCCAGAGCCAUGCUGUACGGCCUCGGGCCGCCGCUCACCACCGCCAGCAGUGGAUAUUUUGGUGAGCCAGAUAACUUCUCAAUGUACAACAACAACCAAGUGAAAAGGAGACCAUCCCCUUAUGAAGUGGAGCUCUCUGAUGCAGAAACCUAUGCCGAGUACUCCACCAUGCGACAGCAGAGUCCCAUUGCAGUUGGGUUGACCUGGUCGCCUGGGUUGGCAUCGGGAAGGAAAUUUUCCCCACAGCACAUUGGCAGACACCGGGGCUUUUUCGCCUUCCUCUGGAGCAUUGAGCAGGAUCAUCUGUUAGGAUCAGGUCAUACAAAGGUAGUCCGUCGAAUAUUUACAAACAGCAGAGAGCGGUGGAGGCAGCAGAAUGUCAACGGGGCUUUUGCUGAGCUUCGCAAGCUCAUCCCCACUCACCCACCUGACAAAAAGCUCAGCAAGAAUGAAAUCUUACGUCUGGCUAUGAAAUAUAUCAAUUUCUUGGCCAAACUGCUCAAUGACCAGGAAGAAGAAGGAAACCAAAGGGGUAAAGUAAACAAAGACACUGGUAUAGUGCAAGAAGACCUUCUUCAGGACAUGUUGUCUCCAAACUCAAGCUGUGGAAGCUCCUUAGAUGGAGCAGGGAGCCCAGACAGUUACACAGAAGAGCAUGAAACGUUAGAUCCGAAGCACACAAGAGCUCUCCACCAUUCUAUUCUUCCCAUGGAAAGCAGCGCACAGCGAUGAUGACCCGACAAAGUGGCAUAGGCAAGCCCUUGAAUACUUGGAAUUUGGAAUUUAUGCAUGUCUUUUCCCCAUCCUCCUUAUCUCAAAAAAGAAAUGGGUAUUUCCCAAGUUCUCCUUUCAGCUUCAGCAAGAGAGCAGCAUUAGAAAGCAUCAAUGGAUUAAAUCAAGAGCAUCUUCAUUGAUGAAGCAUAAGCGUGGAAGGACUGUCUUGUUAUCUCUGUGUUUUUGAAAGAGUUUAGCACUGAAAUGUUGAAAUAUGCGGGCAGCUCAUUUUAUAUUAAUACAAAGAUUACAAGGGAUUGGCCAGGCACUCUGUCCUUCUGCAGAGUAUCGCUGUUUCAGUCUUGUGUUGCCUCUACUUCUCUUCCAGCUGUUCAAAGACAAGCAUCUUCCAUUAUAAUGUGUGUCCACAUGGCCCCGAAAGCCCUUAAAAUUAUCAUUCAUGCAGUGUGGUUUUUCUCCAGCCCACUUUGAGAAAAUGUCUGCAAUUUGUCUGCCUUCACUCAAGAGCUUUGCCUUUUUAAGGAAGGAAGGAAAUAUCCCUAGCGAAAGAACACUUAACUUUGUGUUGUGUUUAAAAAAAAAAAAAAAUCUAGGCCAACUUUGGAUUGUUUGAGGUCUUGUAUUUAUGAUGUGGAAUUCUUUUUGUUUAAUUCCAACACGCAGUAUCUGCUGAACUAAAAAGGUACACCAGUGGGCUUUUGUUCCCAAUUUCUGACACUUCAUCACAGUGAUGAUUUCCUCUAACAUGGUUGAGCAACAGUAUUUCCUCAGAGAUGUUGUCUUGGGGUCUCCCUGUUUUAUUUUUCCUGAAACAAGUGCGAUGACAAAUUGUGUGUGUGUAAAUAUAUAUUUAUAUAAAAACUGGUAUAAACAAUGUUUCAGUAAUGCAGUUUGACUUGUUUGGUUUUACUUACCUAAAAGUCACCAGGAGUUUCUCCUGCACAAAUUCCAUGGAAAUUAAUGGGAGUUGUACAAGAACCAUGAACCAUGUUCUUCCUUUUUUAAGGAAGAAAGGAAAUAUCAUUGGUCAUCAAAGUUGGGUUCUUGCUCAGAUUGGCAAAUGGCCAACCAUGCUAUGUGCCAUGUGCUUUAGGGCACUUCCAGACGAUCUGUUCAUUGAGCAUUCAUCCUAUUAGUUUGCAGGGAGGUUAGGCAACAUUGGCUAUUUAGUGAAUAUUCACUUUGAUUUGUUUGUGGGGAGGCUAGAUGAUGUCGCAUCAAAGCAAGUGUUAUUCCACACUUUGCUUCGUCUUUCCUGUGACUUUCCUUAUCGCAAAAAGUCUGAUAUUUGGGGGGAGCAUGUUUGUUGCACAAGACCUCACAAUCAACAAUAAUUGUGCAACCUGAAUUUGCUGAUAUGUGAUUGAAUCCCACCCCUAAAGAGCGACAGUCUACAAGUGCCCAGAAAGAAGUCUUUGCAGUAGGAGCCCCAAGAGGAUGAUGCUCAGGGGGUACUAUUUUCAGAAGCUGUAUGGCAUCAGAGCUAAUCUGCAUUCUUUUGUGUUAUUAUAGCCCUGUGAUGGUAUGUUUUCUGUAGUACAUGCCCUCUCUCCCAUGGCCAUUUCCCCUAUGCCUGCACUUUGCUCAAAAACCUGAUCCAGCUUUUUUGUCAUCAUGAGCCACCUUACUCUUUGCAGUCUCACCAAAGUACCACUCAAGUGAGAAUAUUUCAGGAUUAGUAUGAACUUUGAGGGUUAUAGCCAGAUGGGUGCUAUCCAAUGAAUGUGUCCUGUCAGGGCAAGGGUUAAUGCCAGCACAAUGGGACUUUCUCCCUCUCCUUCCCCAAUGUGCACCCCAUUCCCUCCCCAAGUCUGUUUCAGAUGGUUGGGGGAACCCUUAGAAGAGAUUUAUGAGGCAUGUGGGGGGAGGAGAGGGGAAGAGACCUGUUGCACUAGCAGUAAACCUUGUCCUGGAGGACCCUAACUUAGUGCUACGUUACAAGCCAAUGUUUGUUUGCAUGGUUGCUGCAGAUCUAGGAAGUCUUUACACUUUUCAAGGCCAAUUUACACAUUGCAUUUUUAAGUGUAUGCAUAAAAAUGUAGUGUGAAUAUGCAAAACCACACAUUUACAAGCCCCCACAUCAUUCUAGCAUGCAUGUUAGGGAGCUGUAAUUGCUACUCCUAUGUCUGCUUCUGUAGCUACAGAGUUUCACAGGUUCAAGGCAUGACCCAGAAAAUUGUGCAUGCUUCCAUUACUGGCUGUGAAGGAUAGAGCUUUGCAAACAUAUGGAAGUCUUUUUCCUUUGAGGAGAAGGCCUCUUGCGUUGCAGUCUCCCAGUCUUGCUUUUUUUUUCCCCCCUGAAAAGAAAAGAAAAAUCUCAUGGACAUCCAAACAGCUUUAUAGAAGGGUUUCUAUUUAAAUGCUAAAGGGUUUCUGAUUUGGGCUUUGGUGUUUUUUGGUUAAAGUUGAUGUGUUGGGUUGUGCAUAUGUGUGUGGGCUUAAUUUUCCCUGUUGUAGAGUUGUCCCAUAAACACCCAAAUAUAUUUGGAGAGGUUGCCAUGGAAUACAUGGCUUACUGCUUUUAAAAGACUCUCUUUAAACAUGGUUAUGAACAGGAAGCAGUGAUAGACGUCCAUAGACAGGAAACAGAAUCUGGAAUUCAGAUUAAAUGAACUGAAACACACUAGAUUCUGACUAUUGACUGUAAUCCUAAAAGCAUAUACUAAAGAGUAAUGUUCAUUGAACAUAGGGGGAUUUACUUGUGAGUAAAUAUGCACAGGAUUGUGCUGUUUAUGUGUUUUACUCAUUCAUUGGCCCUGCACAGCUGCCAUAGGCCAAAUCUUGGAUAUUUUCAUGUGCUCUAGUUUUCCUUUCUUCUUUUUCAGUCUUUGCUGGCCUUUGUCCUAGAUGGAUACCUAAGAAGGAAAUAGGAUGCAGCCUCCAGUGAACUUUUGGCCAAUGAAAGCUGUGGCCCAUCCCUAAAUAAAGAUAAGAUGGGCUUUCACUGAAGGACUACCUUUCUGGUUUUUUGAAGAAAGGAAUGUUAACCGUUGCUAUAUUAAAAUGUUUGUAUGUUUUCAUUACGGGGUAUUUUAUAUAGAGAGGCAUUUUCAAGUGAAAAUGCUACCUUUAAAAGACUCUAUUUCUGGUAUAAGUGUUCUAGGGCCCAGUUGGUCUGUUUGGUUAGAACUGGUUUCCCCCUUAUGCAUGUUCAUAGGCCUUGGGAGACAUUCACCUAGAUUUAAUAGUUCAGAAGGCCUCUCUCUCCUUUCACUUUACACUUAACUUCACCAGUUGAUAUUACACAGCAGCCAAAUUCCAUGGGAAUACUCUGACUUCAGGAGAUGGUAGGUAAAUGUAUGUCUGGGGCUAAAGAACUGUGCUUGGGAAGGAUGUGUGAGGAGAUCUAUAAUCUACUUUCACUUCUUGCAUUCUCAACACCAUUUCCAUGCAGCUCACCCUGAGUUGAGAUUCAGCUGUUCCAAGUACAUUAUCCCUUCGAUAUGCACUUGGUUGUACUAAUUCAAGGCAGUCACUGAGCAGCAUCUCCCCAGAGCUGCUCAUGUAACCUAUAUUGUGUUGAGCUUUCAGAUCUCUCACAAUCUUGCCCAAAGGAGUUCAGAGUUACGUUUUAUAGUAAUAAAAAUUUGAAUAUGUAUUGUUUGAUUUCAUGUACACAUUGAUUUGCACAUUCUCCCAUAAAGAUGUUAUAGGGUAUGGGUGUAUAUCUUGAAUAAAUCUCCCUAUCCGUGGCUUGCUACAUGUCCUAAGAUGCUUUGCACCAGAGAUGAGUGCAAGAGAGUGUAAAUUGACCACAUAUCUCCUAUCAAAGUGGCUCUGUAGCAGCUGAACUUAUAUGAUCAGUGAAUGUCUGAUCUCAUCAUCAAUGUGUAUCUCUUUUGUACAUUUCUCUGAAUGUACAAAAAAUUAAUAAUAAUGAUUACAACUCAAGCUUGUACAACCUAUGACUCACCAAACCUAAUGCAACCCACCAAACAAGAUUUAUUAAGGCCCUGGUGAACUCUCAUACUUGUAUGGCAGCUCCCCAGGGAUUCAGUGCAUCUAUAUUUUUGUAGCCUUCCUUACUACUCACAAUACAUGGCUGGUGCUCAAUUUACUGGAUUCUGUCCCAUUCUCAGAUCUUUUUGUAUGGGAAACAAGGCAAAAUAAUGGUGUGCAAAUUUCUUCAGACAUGCAAAACGCCAUUCUAGGUUGAAUCCGGACUAAGUUGGGUGAGUUUUGUUUCCAAUGAAAUCAAUAGAAUUAAGUCACGACUUAAGUCACAUUGAUUUUAAUGGGAACAAACAGUGCAAUCCUAUACAUGUCUGCUCAGCAGUAAGUCCCAAUGAGUUCAGUGGAACCUACUCCAAGGUAAGGAUUGAAACUAGCUUAGCGUGCGCCCAAUCUUCUGUGAUUAACUUAGAUGCCAGCUAACCAGAGCUCCUUGGUAAUGCCUGAUAGAAUGCUAAAUAACUGAAGAAAAUAACAAUAUAAUAUCUAUUUCUUUGAUAAAGUCUGUUUUAAAAUUAUAAAUUAAAAGUGGUGGGGAGGAAGCGUAGAGUGGGAGCUAUAAAUAAUUAUACACCUGAGUCGCAGAUGAUAAUGUAGGCAAUGAAGGUGGGAUGAUGGGGGUGGGGGAGAAGGUCUGAGAAUGGGGGAAAGAAUUGCUGUGCCUCAUCUUGAGUUUGAGAUGUGCAUGGCCUAUUGAGAUACAGUUCAAUAGACAUUUACUACAGCUUAUAGAUACAGUAUUGCCUGCCUGUUUGAGCAGAUUUCAGACAGUGCAUAGGUCACAGGAUUGGGCCUUUGGCCUCUCUCUCUUCUCUUCCUUUUCCUUCCUUACAUCCCAUGAUAUCUGUGUAGUGUACAAGUGGGGAGGGUCUAUAUGGAUUAAUGUGAGCAGCUUUACAUUCAUGUUUACAUGGUGCUGCUGCCUAGGAGUUGAGGAUAAUAAGGAUCUAGACCAUUUCACAUGCAUUACUCACAUUCUUCCAUUGUUUUAAUCCAUAUGAGAGAAUGGUACAACUCAUAUCAUUUUCAGAACCAUAGUCUAUUUGUAUUCUCCCAGCACAGUACAACUUUGGUAUUUUUUAGGUCUGUCAAUGUGUACUUUAAAUUGUGAUUGGAAUGGUACAUCUCUGCUCUCCCAUGUCUCCUCUCUUGCCUGCUCUGUGUCUCAGUAUAUACCACACCCUCAACAGUUUAGGUUCUGAAGAAGCAGCACUUUCAAUCAGUGUUGUACUGUGUGAUGAAUUCUCUCUUUGCCACUUUUUUCCUUUUCUGCAUUUUACACCAGAACCAGAUGUGGUACCUUUUUAUUCUGAUUACCUUCGUAAAGCCCACAAGGCGAUAUGCUUUUUAGAAAACACAUUUGUUGUAAUGUGUAUGUAUAUAUAAAUAUAUA